AUGCCGGCGCCGCCAUCAUCGGCUCCGCCGCCGGCAGCGGCGGCUCCUUGGAGUCGAUCCAAGAAAACACAGAUCACCGUCCACGUCUCGGUGUUCAAGCUGAUGCCGUUGCCGCCGCCGGAGCAGGACUGGGCGGAGGACCUGCCCCUGGACGCGCUCCUGUGCAUCCUCCACAAGCUGGGCACCGUCGAGCUCCUCAUCGGCGGCGCGGCGGGGGUGUGCCGCUCCUGGCGCCGCGCCGCGCGGGAGGAGCCCGAGCUGUGGCGCCGCAUCGACAUGCGCGACCCGUCCGUCCCGUACUUCUCGCCGCGCGUCAGCCUCGGCAUCAUGGUGCGGCAGGCCCUGCGGCUCAGCGCCGGCCAGUGCGAGGUUUUCUCUGGGGGCGCGGGUCUCGACGACGACAUCCUCCUCUACCUCGCGGAGCGGGAAGAUCUCUCGGCAACUUCACUCAAAAGCCUUCAUCUCAUCAGAUCCUACGGUUUGUCAAAGGAAGUCUUUGCCAAAGCAAUCAACAAGUUCCCUCUACUUGAGGAGCUCGAGCUUUCAGCAUGUUAUUACGAUGCGGAUUUGAUCGAACUUGUCGCCAGAGUAUGCCCAAGGCUGAAGCACUUUACAUAUGUCGAUACAAGGUGUCAUUGCCAUUAUCCUACUAGCAAUGACAGGGUAGCCUUUGCAAUUGCAACGAUGCACGAGCUACAUUCGUUACAUCUAUUCGGUGAUACACUCAGCAACAAAGGGCUUGCAGCCAUCCUUGACAACUGCCCCUACAUGGAGUACCUUAACGUGCCCUAUUGCCAAAAUAUCAAAAUGGAUGAUGUCAACCUUGUAGAAAAGUGUGCUGGGAUUUACAUGGAUGAUUAUGACUACUUUCUGUUUCUGCGCCCUUCUUUUAGUGAUGAUGAUGAUGAUUUUAGCUUUAUUUUACACUCGGAUUUCUGGGAUGACUAUGUUUUCAAUUCUGGUGAUGAUGUUGAUGACCUUGAACUUGAAGAGGCUGAGAGGGUUCUUGACAACAAGAGCAUGCGUAGAUACUUGAGCUAA